AUGUGCGAUUUUCUCGGCCGCCUGUUCAGAUCGUCAGAUCCAGCCAGCGACAUUAUCGCUACCAAGGACGAGACGGAAAUCGCCAGCUUACCACCUCCUUAUGAAGAGCUACCGCCACUGCGCCCGAGCCCCGAGAUUCCUACCAGUGCGGUUCAUGCACUCAAGCGUUGCCUCAUCUGGCGUAUGGCCAUUGACUUGGGACUGAAGCGCUACGUCCCUCGAAUCGAAAGACCAAACGACUAUGAAUACUCGAGGUUUGAAACAUGCUGUGAAGACUAUUGCAAGAUUCUGGGCGAGCAUCCCUUUCCGCAAGAAUCGCUGGACGACUCGAAUGAGAUGUUGUGGUACUUUGUCUUCCGACCGGGUUCUGAGCUUGGUAUCCCGUGCGAUUUGCUGGAGUUCUUCAUGUAUUCGGUGCGUCGAGCCACAAAACAUCCGACUUACGUUGCCAAAAACAAGCGAAUCACAUGUCAUCGUGAUGAAGUACUCCUUCUUCGUCUGGUCAUCGACUCCAGAAUCAUUGUCGAUCUGGUUACCAAUCCUAGGGGAGCAUUUGCCCGGAGACUCAAGACAAAGUGCGCAAGACUGCACAGGAAGAACUUUUCGUGGCUCCUGGAUCCGGCACUCAUCAACUUGGACAACGUCCUCCGCGCUCGACCAGCCAGCAUCCAAUGCGAAGAAACUCAGAACGGACAUUGGAAACAGACUUUGUUGUUGAUGGAGGAAUGCGAGCGACCAUGCGCUGCGUUGAUGGAUCCCUCCUUGUCAGUCAUGACCAGAGUCAUGGUGCCUUACUUCUGGACGGACGCGAACCUCCGCCAACAGCCAGGUUUUCUCAGGAAGAGCACCAAAGCUCACGAAAACCGCUUGCCAGCUGCGGUGACCUUCGGGAGUUGGGCAUGGUGGAACCCGGAUCAGACAUACGUCUCUUAUGGCGGGCGCAUCGUGGGACGAUGA